AUGUCGUACCCAUCACCCUCCGCCUCCAGCCCAUCACUCGCGACGUCGGCUUAUAUGGUCCCCUCUAUAGAAAACACCUCGGAUGAUGACUUUGCAUCUCUUCCCUCUGAAUCGGACUCUUCCUCAGACCUAGAGACCCUCUCGGAUUAUUCUGACGCCGAGGAGGAAUGGCAGGAAAGCAUUGAGCAGUUGGAGCUCCUCUUGACUAUGGUCGUCGUACCCUUCGUGGGCAAGUUCUUGGGGAGAAAGUGUGCCUAUUGGAGUUGGACCAGGUUCAUGGAAUGGAAAUACCCCGUUGAGGUUGUCGUCCGGAACCAGGCAGCCUUCAAGGGAGCCGGAGCUGUGGAAGCUCUCGCUUCAUUGUGA